AAAUCCAUCGUCUUUGUCCUUCGUGUUUUCUAGCUAAUCUAUUCAGCCUGGGUAGAGGGAAGCUUACCUCUCUGCGCCUUCCAGCUCGCAGACGUCGAGUUCUUUAACAUUUCGGGUAAACCUUGGAAAACGCCAACUGUUAGAAGGGACUUUAAAAAAAGACUACAAAUUCAACUAGAUCGGGAUUUUCGUCGAUAAAUUGCAAAGAGGUCAGCCAGUAAGCCAAGACACGCAAGUCCUAACUUUUAUUUCGCUCUAAAACAUAUUGAGUUAACAUUCGGGUUAUUUUGAUUGUAUAUAUACACAUUUUGGAUUACAAGGAAACCGAUCAAACUUCCACAGUAUUUUCUCUCUCUCUUAUUUUUCUUUGUGUGGAUUUGUGGGCGUGUUGUUUCUUUUGCUUACUAUCAGGAAGUGACUGCUGCGCCAUUUUCAUACACUUUUCCUGCGCCAUCUCAAACUCUCCGAAGCACUCUCCGAAUGAGCAGACGGCACCUGGAAAGACAUUAAACCAGGCGAACUUUUAAAAAGCUGUGAACACUGUACAGCUUUUGGUUAGCUGUGUGUGGAUUUUUUGGUGCAAGCGGACUCUUUGUACUGAAAGUAGCGUUAGCUUGUCGAUAGCUAGUUCGCUGAAUUUAAUUUUCACAAUAGUAAAUGCAUCAUACCCCUCUUCUGACUUUGAAGAAGCCAUGCUCGGGGAAACGCUCGCUCAACGCAUCGACCCAAACGUCGACAACAUCGAGAACAGCAAGCCCGCGGGUCUGACCUCGCACCAUGCCGGGGCCAACCUGAACAAAACACGGCAAGCCUUGCUGAAGAAGGGUAGCAGGCGGUUCCGCUCGUCUCCGGCGGGUUUCCAGGGCCGGCACCAUCACUGCCCGCAGCAGCACCCGAAGCAUCCCGGGUCGCUGAGGAGCAAUCCCACGCGUUUCACAGACAUCAACAACAACACAGUCGUAGCUGGAUCCAACCCUUCUGCGCCCACGAGUACGGAGACUGUCCCCAACCGCACACAGACCACUGUAUUAACACUCCACCAUCUCAAGCAGGGGGCCAAGAAGGAGCUGCUGAAGUCGAAGACCGGGAGAACGGAGAAGGUGCCGCAGUCUGGUGGCCAGUCCGUUCACAGCUUCGGCAAGCACGAGCACUCGGCCCAGAACCUGAACACCCGCUGCCAGAAGAACAGGCACGGGAACUCGCUCGGCCUGGUGCCGGCCACCAAGAGAAGCGAUAACAGCUGCCGCCCCAAGCCUUCCGCCCCCCUCGAGCUCUACCGCAGAGGCGGGAAAAAGCCCCUGAACCUGGCCGGCAGUGUCAACGUCGUGAAUGUAAGGCCGGCCGACUCCCCGACAGAGGAGAACCUCAAGGACGGCGAGAAGACAUACGCCGGCGCCAAGUUCAGCGAGCCGCCUUCCCCCAGCGUCCUGCCCAAGCCACCCAGCCACUGGGUGGGAGAAGGGCUCCCCCAACAUUCCGACAAGAGCAGAGAGCAAAUGACUGUCCACCUAAAGACUCUGCUGAAGGUCCAGGCAAAGCCUUGAGAUCAACUUAGAAAGUCACAUUUUAAAAGAUUU